AUUUUGGAUAUUUUGACAUUAGCCUCCCUAGGAAGCAGCCGGUUAUCAUUAUCACUUUAUAAGAUACCUACACACAAAACAGAUUAGUCAGUCAAAACACAAAUACACACUGUCAAAUACCAAUGGGUGCCUGGGCUCUCCUUUUAAUAACUGCCUCCGCGGCGGCGGUGGCGGCGGUCCCCACCAACAGGAUCGUCGGUGGACAGGACACCAUCGUCGAGUUCUUCCCAUCCAUAGUGCAGGUGGACUUCCUAUCCGUGUCUGACGGCCGCUGGAGCCAGAACUGCGGGGGCACUAUACUUGCGCCCAGAUAUGUACUGACCGCCGCUCACUGCCUCGAGGGAUUCGACUUCCCUGGAGCGUCCCACCGGCGCAUCCGUGCCGGGUCUACCUACCGCAACCAAGGCGGCACUGUUAUCCAAGUGCGCUCCUUCCUCCAUCACCCUGAGUACCGGCAACGCUCGCGCUGGGACGCCGACAUAGCGCUGAUGCAGCUGCAACAACCACUGGCUUUCAAUGCGAGGAUCCAGCCAGCGUCCAUCAAUGCUCAGGGGUCGGAACUGCCUGAUAACUUCAUGGUUAUGCAUGCUGGGUGGGGUGAUACUAGCACCGGAGGCUCGCCAUCCGAAGUCCUGCAAGAAGUGGUCCUAUACACAGUGAACAACGCCGAGUGCGCGCGUCGCUACGAAUACGGUAUCACCGAGAACAUGAUCUGUGCUGGAAUCCUGGACGUUGGGGGUCAAGACGCUUGCAGAGGUGACUCGGGGGGUCCUAUGUACUUCACUGACAUUCUGGUGGGAGUGGUCUCGUGGGGACGAGGCUGUGGCAUGGCGGAGUAUCCAGGUGUCAGCACUAAACUGUCAGCUUAUACCGACUGGAUAGUUGCUAAUGCGGUGUAAGAGGUUCUAAGUUAUGUUGUGGGCGUUUACACGGUGACUUUAAUCUACAAUUUAUGGAGCGGCAAUUCACCCGUGUGAAUGCUCCUUUAGAUGUAGAUAGAUUUAAAGAUGUUAUUUAUUUUUAACAAAUACGGUAAGUAGGUAUUUAUAGCGGCUAGAGAUUAAAUGUAUUUAUUUAUUAAA